AUGGGUUCGAAUCUAAACGUCAGAGAAUUGUUCAAAGAAAUUAUGAAAAUACGUAAUAUCUUUGUAGAAUUACUUGUUAUUCUUAAUAAUGAGGUUACACGACGCAUAUCGUAUCAGUAUGCGCGCAGUAGCCUAUCGGAUCCGGCCCUUGCUUACCAAAGCAUUGGACCGGGUUCGAGUCCGGCGUACACCAAUGAAUAUUUUCAAUAUUUAAGUGUAUUAUUCUGCUCAGCCCAAGAAAUAAAACGAGUUCCAAUCUCAAAAGUUUACCCCCUACCGUGUGGCAAUGUCGGUAGAGCGAGGAAAGGCUUCAAAGACUGGAGCUGCAGAUUAUGUGGAGAAGUCACAGAGAACCUAGAGCAUAUAUUCAGCUGCAGUGAAAUAAUGAAGCUACAGAAGGAGCGGGUUGUUGAGUAUAUAUCUAGCUGGAAAGGGGAAAAACUGGAGAAUGAGUUGCGAUGGCCAAUAAUUGAAAUGUUGAGAGGACCUGUGAUUUUUUUCUGGUUAGUACACAAAACAAAUGCUAUUUCAGCAAAACAAUCGUUGAGCAAUCUAACCUGCCCCCAUGGCAUCAUCGCGAUAUAUGGCCCCAGAUUACGUUUUUCUUUCUUCAUAUUCAUAUUAACUGUAAUUGUUGGUGGUUCGGAAGCAAGACUUCCAGUUCCUUCUAAACAUGCGUCAGAUGCCCAAGUUUGUGUUUCCGGACAGACUGGGUACCAAUUGCCUUUCCAGUUUUUGAAAAAAUAUCCAUCUUUAUACUUUAUCAUGGUUGACAGGAGAUGGUGUGAGGAUACUACAAUCUAA